CUCCCCGUAGGACGGUCCCGCGCCCUCCGCUCUGAAGAGAAUGGCCGUGACUCUAGAGCAGGCCCAGCGGGUGGGCUAUACCUGUCUGAAAGCACUCCUCAGGUUCGCUUUUAUGGUCGCCAAUAACCUGGUUGCUAUUCCGUCCUACGUCUUGUAUUUAAUUAUGCUGCAGCCUCUCCGAGUGUUGGAUAGUAAAAGCUUCUGGUAUAUCGAAGGAGUGUUAUUUAAGUGGCUUUUAGCUAUGGUGGCUUCCUGGGGCUGGUGGGCAGGAUAUACAGUAGUGGAAUGGGGUGAUGAUGUUAAAGCAGUAUCAGAAGAUGAAGCCAUGGUGCUGGUGAACCAUCAAGCAACAGGUGACGUCUGCACUCUGAUGAUGUGCCUUCAGGAUAAAGGCACGGUUGUCCGUCAGAUGAUGUGGCUGAUGGAUCAUAUUUUCAAGUAUACAAACUUUGGCAUUGUGUCUCUAAUCCAUGGGGACUUCUUUAUAAGACAGGGAAGAGCACACCGUGACCACCAGCUUGUGUUACUCAAGGAACAUCUAGAAAAAUAUUACAGGAGCCGUAAUCGGAAAUGGAUUGUUUUAUUUCCAGAGGGUGGCUUUCUUAGGAAGAGGAGAGAAACAAGCCAGGCAUUUGCCAAGAAAAACAAUUUGCCAUUUCUUAAACAUGUCACCCUGCCGAGACUUGGGGCAACACAAGUAAUUCUGAAAACACUUGUAGCGCCACAAGAAAAUGGAACUCCAGCAGGUAGAGAUGCUGUAAUAAAAGAGAGUAAAUCAAAAGGCCUCCAGUGGGUGAUAGAUACAACCAUUGCGUAUCCCAAAGGUGAACCUAUAGACAUCCAAACUUGGAUUCUUGGCUACCGACAACCAACAGUUACGCAUGUACAUUACAGGAUUUUUCCAGUUAAAGAUGUACCUGCAGAGCCUGAAGCUCUUACACACUGGCUAUAUCAACGAUUCAUUGAAAAGGAGGAUCUCUUGACACAUUUCUAUGAAACCGGAGCUUUUCCUCCACUACAGGGUCAAACAAAAGCUAUUUCUCGGGAGAUGACCCUCAGUAACCUGUGGCUAGUCGGCAUACAAUCACUUGCAUUUUUGUCAGGCGGUAUGUGGUACUGCAUCUUUCAGUAUUUUUAUCAUUGCCUAUUUUAAAAAUGGCUGGGACCUGAGGACACAGUGGGAAUCCAGGCUCUUGCAAAUGAGUAUCAUGUUGUCUGUGCAAAUGUGAAUAUUCAAGAGUAAAAGAAAAUACUGGAUGGACUCUUACCUCUCUUUGGGGAAAUUUUAAACUCCGCUAAAAGUGAAGAUCAGUAACAUAGUGACCUGAUGAUGUAUUAUUUUAAGAAUUGUCUGUAUUUUUAAAAAUGUAUACUCUCACCCACACUUAAGAAAAUUCAGCAUUUGGACAAAAGGUGCAAUCGUACAACCACCGUAGAAGAAUGUCUGUGACAAGAAAGCUCUGUCACCACAAGUAUUUCUUGGCAUUGUAGUUAGAGCUCAGAAAACUCAGCAACUUGUCUCUUCAGUAGUCUGUACAGCAUUGGUGUGGUAGAGGUUCCUUAUUUGCACAACUUGUACUUUAUUGCAACUCAUUGUGCUGGAGUCAAAGAUACUCGACAGAGCUGGUGGUGGUAUCUUUGCAGCUACGCAGUCAGCAGUUGUUGUAUUAGACACAUUGAUCUAAACCCAAGACCCAAAUAAGAUCCAGUGUCAGGUGUGUUUUGUGAGGACUCAGUCCUCAAAAAAGCAUUGCAGCAUCAUUGUGUGAGUAGGAGCUAUCCACGUGUGAUGAAUCAGCCCAUCCCUGCUGUGGGCUCACCAUCAGCUCUCUGAAUCCCAUGUGCUACCAGUAUCUCGUAUUCUGAGGAAACUUGGAAAAUAUAAAGUCACUUGGUUUGUUUUCCUGUUCUGUUCAGAAUGCAUCUCAAUGAUCAUUAUCAUUUUCAGAAUGCACUUUUAAGGGUGAAAAUACAGUGAAGGAAAGACAUAAAACUUAGGGAAUAGGGGAAAGCUUUAUUUGUCAUGCGUUGGAAGCCAGAGCAAUUCUAGCUGUUUCUGAAGGUCUGCUGGUGCUGCUGGUGAUUUUUUAGCUACCUUCGUAUUUUGUAUACUGCAGUCCAACCAAGGUGACCUUUGAGUGGUUUAUAGAGGCCUUUUUCUCCCCCGCUAGUUGCAACAGUGCUAAAUAUACUUGUGGGAGAGUUUAAAUAAUUUAAUGCCAACCAUCUUUUUGCUAAGGAAUAAUAGAAGAAAAACUAGUUUCUUAAAAAGAAAGAAUAGAUAUAAUUGCUGUCAUAAAUUGAUAUGAAGAUACUGCUACUGAAAAAAAAAGUAUGGUAAAUACUCUGAAUUAACUACAUGGAGGGCAGUAUUAAUUAGCUCACUCAUGCUAAAAUGUUACUGGAAGAAGGAUGGGUUAAAUUUAAAGGCUAAGUGUGUAACAGAAGGCACUUUCAGAUGUGUAAUGUAGGAUACUUUUGAAAGGCUGUCAGUGAUGUAUGGUCUAGUUGGCAUUGUGUUUAUGUGAUUAUAUGCAGAUUUGAGAGAGCUGUUCCUAAAAUAAAACUAAUCUCUCUAAAUACAAGCACGAUAGCCAGAACUUCAGAUGUUGGCAUACUGCCUCUUACAGAGUAAUUUUACUGAGAACAAAGUAAGCCUUCCAUAGUUUUGGCUCUGAGUUACCAAUAUUGAUCCCCCUUCUCUCUUCCCUCUCCUGCUACGUGAAUCACAGUGGGUGGUGUGCAGAAUACAAAACCCAGCCAGUGUUCCCUUUGGGCAGGAGCUAAGAGCCUACCAAAAUAGGAGGCAAUACCAAUUUCCCCAACUUAAUGGAAAAAUACCUUCUCAAAGAUGCCCCCCCUACCCUCCCCAGAAGCAUCAGUGUUAUCCUAAGGGAGCUCAGUGGGGAGGGCUGCAAAGGGUAGGAGGUUCCCCGGAGCUAUGAGUCCGUUCAUUGACUUAAAAGAACCACUUCAGCUGGGAGGCAAAAGACGCCGUUUGCCUGCAGCUUCAUGUUUUAGGCAAGAUACUGUUUCUAAAUCCCGUCUCUCUGCACCCAGUCACACACCUGAAUUCUGGUGUAACAUAAGAUCCAUUUAAAAAGAGCUAUGCCCUGAAGGGGAGGCAGUCUUGGGAGUACUUUUUUUUCCUGCUGCUCUUGCUAAAGUACAGCUGAUAGAAUGAAUGUAUUUAAUCUGCCAUUUUACAGGAGGGUGUUGGGGGUGAGCACCGUGCCGUUACCGUGUAAGUGGUAAUGUCUGCUGCAGGUGGGUGUCAGUGGACUCUCCAGACUGCAAAAUGCAGAUGGCAUGUUACUUAUUUCUGUCCUCCAGUGCGUGGUUUGAUCAGAACCACAGAGAUGCCCAUAGUAGAGCUGGUUUUAGUUUGAGCUAGGACAGACUGGAAUGAUAUAAAAAGGGAAGUUUAUAUAAGUAGAUUGCACAGCAGUAACUCACAUCAGGAGAUUGUUCUUUAUAGAUAGACCCUGUGAACUCCACGUAAGAACCUAUUGUUUUUUUCAAAUGUAGGUGUUUGGGUUUUUUUCCAGUGGAUUGCAGUCAAUAGUGAGUGUUCACAUGCUGCCUAAAGAAAUCAGUAAUGCGCAAUAAUGUUUCAGAUAAUCAUUUGAUUUAUCUGGUCCUGUUCAUUUUCAGUUUGUUCCUCUGUAGUUCUUACUAUUGCGAGACAUUUGUUUUCAAGCACUGAUUGUUGUUUCGGUCAGGUGAGCAAAUAGUAUUUGGUCUUAGGCUUCUUUUCUGCCUGCACUGGAAAACGUGAAGAGAGCCUGACGGUGUGUCUCCUUACGGCUGAGUUGCUGUAGACAACAGUGGAAUGAAACCGUUGUUAGGAAACUUUGAAGUACCCUGCCAGCAUGAACUUGGAUGCUGCUUCGUGAAAGAGAAUAAAUUAGGCAAGUUUUUCUAUUAAGCGAAGAACAUAAAAUGGAUACAAUAGAUAGGAAAUUCUGUGCUAAAAAUACCAUGCUGGUCAAGACUGGAGCUUAGCAGGCUAGUGUGUAACACGUCAGUUCCUGUCAGUUGUGGUUGGGUUCUACCUUCUGGCAGUUGGGCAGCGUUACAGACCUAGUUGGCAUGUUGCUGCGCCAUCCGUGGGCUGCUUCUUCUGAAGAGUUCAAAAUGCGUUUGAUAGAAAAGGAUGUAAGUGGAAUCAUGUUAAUCACAAAAUGGUUUAUUGCUAUCACUUUGAAUUUAUAUUAGAAGUAUAAUGGCAGAAUGUAUAAAGUGAUAAAGAAUGAAAAAUUCACAGAAAAAACACUUCACUCAAAGCUGUUGCGCACAGAAGCGAGAACACAGCGAUUGGAGUGUUUUGCAAAUAAAGAUGGUUCUCUGCCAGGGUUGCACACAAAACAUCUGUAUGUUUCUAUGUUUAAUUGUUCAUUAAAAAGUUGUUACAAUUGAAACGCUGUAAGUCCCAAUGGCUUGGCGUUACUGCUCUUUGAGUCCCAUGACAUGAAGCGUAUCGGCCAGUUCGCAAUGAACAGCAUUUCCUUCAGUGCCUGCUGGUGAGGGCCCCUUCCUUAUGGGGUCUCUUGGACUCUGCGUACGGUUCUGCCAAGAAUUGCAACUAUGAUGUCCCUUGCAGGAGGGAUUUUUUUUUUUUUAGCUUGCUCUCACCAAAUUUUGAAAAGCAAGAUUUCACUGGAAAAUUAAAAGCUUCAUUCUCCCUCCUCCACCCCCAGCAUCAAAAAUAAGAUGCGUCUAAUUGCAGUACAACUACAAUGAUCACUGUGGGUACUGUUCAUUAUUCACUUGUUUUGCAAAUGAUGUAACUUUUUUUUUUGUCUGACACUGCCAUAAAGUGCUGUUAACUUUUUUCACCUGUUUGUAGAAGAUAAUACAGAUACCGAUCACUGUGUGUGACAGGAUUCAACUGCUCCGCUUUGCCUUGACAUAAAAUUUUUGGGACCAAAGGUACUUAAAACUGGGAUUUCCAAAUCAUGAGACCAGGGUUGGAUGCAUUCUCUUGAUAGUCAGCUGGAGAUUUUGUGGUGAUUUAAUACAAUCACGCAAAAUAAUUAUACAUCUGGGGUACUGUAUUGUUUGGAAAUAAUGGAGCCAUAUGAAAUAAAGGGUUAUUUUGCAAAAUUGCAUAUUUGAUAGUUUUUACACUUUUUUUAAAAACAGAACAAUUGGAAGAGCAAAAUUGAAACCGUACUGUGGUUUAAAAUGUCUGCAUACAUUAUGAACACUUCUCAGCAGCUUUAUUUUUUCACUGUAAAAACUGUAGACUACCUGGCUGUGAUGCAAAAGAAGUCUUUAAAAGGAUUCUAUGCAUUUUAAAGUUAAACCUUUUUAUUUUAUCAUUGGAUAAAGAAGUAAUUAUUCAUUGAAGAACUGUCCUAUUAAAGUGAGUUAUUUCUUUAAAAUUACUCUAUAUUGGUGUUCAUUUUGUAUGAUAAAAAUUAGUUUUCUUAAUACCAAUUAUUUUCACCUCCAAUUUCUCCUUCCCUCCUGUGUUACCUGCAUUUUUGUUUUGUGUGAUAAAAUGGAUGCAGAAACCUGUAGAGACUCGAUGAUUUUGCAAGGGUCUGGUCAUGUUUGGAAUUAUUUUACUGAAUUUAUUUAAUUGGAUUUUUUUAUCAAAUAUUUCCAGCAGCCAAGGUGUCUUUCAGAAAUGUAGACAGAUACCAGAAGCAGCACUUCUCUACAGAGAUUAUUUAGGUGUCUUUUCCUUUUUUUCUUUUUUUUUUUUUUUUUUUUUUUUUUUUUGUGUGUGUGUGGCAAAAAUAAAGUUGAUUUUUUCCAAGAUUAUUUCAUGUGCUUCUGAUCCUUAAUAGAUGAAUUUGUUUGGUUGUAUUUAUUGUGCUUAUAUCUAACAGAUACACACUCUCUGUUGUGCUGACCAAAACCACAGCAAAUAACAAAGUAACAGUUUGGUUCCAUAUACAGCUGCAGUGUAAUUUGUGGUAGGUAAGGUUGUUGACUAGAGCGUUCUGUGGACGCUCUGUGCCAGGAAGGGCACAGAGACAAAUGCUUCUAUGCCAGAAGUGGUAAGGGGAGGAGUGGAGCAGUAGGGAGGAGAGAGAAAAGCAGCUUCUGCAGCCCUCCCUCACUCCUGCACCCACUGGAAACUCUGCUGGCGCUCAGGCUGCAGAGUUUCUCCGCAGGCCACUGCAUAGCAAUGAGUCCCCUCCACAUUCUGAGAGUUGAGGGCACACCAAGAGCAGAACCUGGGCCCCCAUCGACGCUGGAUCGCCACCGUCCUAGAAAGAUGUGAAUCCAACCUUUUUGUGAGCAAGGUUGUAAUCAUUUUGGAGAUACAUUUAUUUUUUUUAACAGAGUGGUCUGUUUUCAAGCAACUUCAGCUAGGCAAAGCAAUACCGAGUGGAGCAGCACCGUUCAUUCUGUGGCCCUGGCAUCUCUUGCUAACGGUAGCGCUCAGCUCUGUGAUGCCUUUCCCA